AUGAAGAUCUUCGGAAUCGGAUUCAGCGGGUAUGUGGGAGACGGCGUCGCAACAAAACUGUUGGCUGAUGGACAUAUCCUCACCGGCCUUGCGCGCUCUCAGACAGCCGCAGAGUUGCUACGGGAGAAGGGUAUCACCCCUGUGAUGGGAGCUAUUGCGGACGCGGAGAUCAUUCACAAGACCGCCAAGGAAGCUGACGCCGCUCUGCUGCUGUGUACUGGAGGAUUCAUGACUGAGAUACUUGGACAAGAACAGCAAUACGUCGACUGUGUGGAAGCCUUGAUCAGCGCAUUUGAAUGGACGGGAAAGCCUUUGAUGCAGAUUGGCGGACUAGCCUUGUGGGCAGGAAAAACGCCAGAAGAUGUAGGAGUCCUGCAUGAAAGCAGCCCUUUUAAUACCAGCAACUGGUAUGCCGAGAUUUUGCCUGGGUAUGACAAAGUCCAAAGCUCCAAUUCUCGUGGGGUGCGCGGAUUCACGCUCCUCCCUGGCCAGGUUUAUGGCCGUGGUGGCGGUUACAUCGGACCACUUCCCCGCCGAUUCGAGGAUUUCCGCAAAAACGGGGCGAUCCACUACUUGGAUAACUCUGCGGGGCGCCUGUUAUCUACCCACAUCGAUGAUCUGGCUAGUGCCGUCGCACUCGGUCUAGUGAAAGCCGGAGCCGGUGAGAGGUAUAUUGUCAUCACCGACGACUGCGACAACCUCACUCUGUGCAAGAUGGUCAGCCGUGUUUGUGGGCUGGACGGUCAACUAUCCUAUGUGGAUAAGGAAACUUUGGAGAAGAAAUGUGGAUGGGCAGGUCAAUGGGAUUUCAAUAUCCACGCACGUGCCAAUUCUGAUAAGAUUAGUCGUGAACUGGGCUGGAAGUCGCAAGGACUUGGUUUAGUCGCCGAGUUGCAGAGGCUGAUCGAUGAAAAGGUCAACGUGGAUGAUAUAUAUCCUAUGAAGAGCCGGCAGAAGACUCUGGAAAAUCUGGAAAUAUUUGACUAG